GUGUAUUUUGUUUUCCUUUGAUUUAGCUCACUCAAGUUGGACGUGGCGACGUGUUCCCCCCGUGCUAGUCGAACCCCGUAAGCUUUUCGCGUUGAUUCUCUUCUAUGUCUACGCGGUUUUUCCCACGCUUUAUUUCGCCUUAUUUUUACGUACAUUCAUUUUUUGCUUGAUCCGCUGCUCGCUGUCCCGUGCGGAUUCGCCUCCGGUGCACUAACGCUUCCUCCCACUUCCAUUUUCACACCCGCUUGCCAUGGAGCCGAAGUCCAAAGAGGUCGAGGUCGGGGUGCCCUCGCAGGACCCGGUGAAGAAGAACGACGUCAAUGAGAAGAAGAAGAAGGAGAAUGAAAACAAGAUGAGUGAGGAGGACAGGCGCAUCAAGGAGGAAGUGGAGCUCCUCGUGACGCGGGCCGCGGACACCGACGCCCGCAUCGCAAAAGUCGCGGUGGAGCGUCUGGUGGAGCUGCUGCGCACGAGCAGCAGUGGCAGCCUUGCUGCCGUGCCGCCGCCGCUGAAGCAUAUUCGCGCCCUCUACCCGGAUCUGGAGGCGGCGCUGAAGGGCACGCAGGACCCCUCGGUGUCCCGCCGUCUGCACGACCUUCUUUCCUUUAUUUCGAUGACGCUGGAGUCGAAGAGCGGCAACCGCACGCUAUUGGAGCACAAACUGAAGGGCACCACGGACGAUCUGGCGCAGUGGGGCCACGAGUACCUGCGCUUCCUCGCCGGCGCCAUCGCGGAGGAGUGGCGGGAUCGGGCCGGCAACCACGACCCGACCGACCACCUCAACGGUUUUGUGGAUCAGACAGUCACCUACAUGCUGAUGCAUCAAGACGAGGCAACGGCGAUUGACCUACUUCUGGAGAUCGACGGCGUGGCGCGCAUCCUGCCGCACGCAGAGGCGUCCAACUACAAACGCAUUGCAAACUAUAUCGCCGCAAUCAGCAAAUACCUGACACGCCCCUCCGACAGUGAGGCGCUGCGCACCGUCUACGACAUCUACAAGAAGAUGAAGGCCUACCCGGAUGCCGCGAUGGUGGCGCUCGCACUCAACGACCGGGAGCUGGUGGCGGAGCUCUUCAAGGAGUGCACCAGUAAGCCCGAGCGUCUUCAGAUGGCCCUCUCCUGCGCGCGACAGAAGUUCUUCCUCGAUAUGGACGACGAGGAGGACGAGUUACUCCAGGACGCCAAUGGCAACAUGCGGCUGUCGCAGCUGUACCGCCACACCGCGCAGGAGCUGGACUCCAUGGCCCCCAAGACCUUAGAGGAAGUCUUUAAGAUGUCGACAGAUGAGAAGAGCGCGCCGAAGGACUUGCAGAACAACCUCGUCAGCGCCUUUGUAAGCGGGCUGGCGAACUGCGGUUACGGCACGGACAAGUUCCUCUCCGACACGCCGGCCUUCUUCUUUGACCAACGCGAGGACCGCAUCAUCUCCACGACGGCUGCGCUGGGCCUGCUGCACUUGUGGGAUCACGUUGAGGGUCUGCAGCAGAUCGACAAGUACUUUUACUCAGAGAGCACCUACGUGAAGGCGGGGGCGUGCCUUGCGUCUGGCAUUGUCAUGUGCGGGGUGAAGAACCCCUUCGACCCUGCUCUGGGUCUGCUUUCCGAGCAAAUCAACGCGCAUGAGGAUGAGGUGGCCAUUGGCGCCAUCCUGGGUCUGGGCUACGCCUACGCCGGUACACGCAAGGAGGACGUGAAGGAGCUGCUCGUCCCCAUGCUGGCGGACUCGGAGCAGAAGCUGUUGGUGCAGUGCAUCGCAGCCUACGCCUUGUCCACCGUCUUUGUUGCCUCCGCAGACGAGGACAUCUCUGAGACGAUGAUCAACUGCCUGAUGGAGGUCCCGGAGAACAAGCUGAAGGAGCCGUGCGUGCGCUACCUUAUUCUCGCCCUGGGCUGCAUGUUUCUCGGCCGACAGGAGGCCGCCGACACCUUGCUGGACGCCACCCGUGCGCUGCCCACGCUCAUUCAGCGCUACACGGAGAUCGUGGUGCGCAGCUGUGCCUUUGCGGCCACGGGCAACGUCGUUGUUAUCCAGAGUCUUUUCCACGUGAUCGCCGAGAACGAGGAGCCGGAGAACGAGGAGGAAAAGAACGAGGCCGAAGACGGCAACGAAGAGGCGAAUGAGCAGGCGCAGAAGCCCGAAGGGGAGGAGAAGCCGAUACCGUUGAACUACAAAGCAGCUGCGGUGCUCGGCAUCGGCUUGAUCGCCGUGGGCGAGGAUCUGGGUAUGGAGAUGACGAAGCGCGCCAUUAUCCACAUCCUGCUGGCCGACACGGUGAGCAAAGGCAAGGACCCGAUGUCGGGCCGCUGCGCCGUGCCGCUGGUCUACGCGCUGCUUUCUGCCGGCAACCCGAACAUGCCGGUGGUGGAGACGCUGAACCGGCUGGCGCACGACUCCGAUGUGUCGACGGCCACCAACGCCAUUAUGGCGAUGGGCAUCGUUGCCGCCGGCAGCACCAACGCCCGCGUCGCCACGAAGCUGCACAAUCUCUCCUCGUAUUACCAGAAGCAAAUCUACGCGGGUGCCACCUUUGCGGUGCGCCUGGCGGAGGGUCUCUGCGCGAUGGGCAAGGGCCACCUGACGCUGUCCUGUCUGCAGAACGAUGGAAAUUCGGUGGACAUGACGGCGCUGAUGGGCGUGCUGAGUCUGCUGCACAGCUCCCUUGAUUUCUCCAACACGCUGCUGGGUGAGUGCCACUAUAUGUUCUACGCCAUCACGCCCGCCAUCAGCCCACGCAUGAUGAUGGCGGUGGAUGAGGAGAUGGAGCCGGUGGACUCCGUGAUGGUGCGUGUGGGUUUGCCCGUGGACACGGUGGCGCUGCCUGGUAACCCGAAGCCCAUCACCGGCUUCCAGACGCAGAAGACGCCGGUUCUGCUGAGUGCAACUGACAAGGUGGAGUGUGCCGAUCCGAAGUACGUGCCUGUGAGUACGGUGUUAGAGGGCGUUUGUGUCGUGAAGAAGCGUCCUCAAGAGACAUAG